CGAGAGCGCAGUGUCACGUCGAACCUCUCGCAGAGCGCGUCGCACGUCCGAGUACCGGCCGCCGCCCGUCAUCAGUAGUCGCCGUACCGCGCAGCCACGUAACCUCUCACCUUCUCCUUAGUUUUUAGUAGUCAGUAGUAGGGGAGAGUGUGGAGAGAAAGAGGAGAGAGAGAGAGAGAGAGAGAGAGAGAGAGAGAGCGAGAGAGAGAGGGAGAGAAAGAAAGGGAGAGAGAGAGAGAGAGAGAGAGAACGAGAGAAAGGGAGAGAAAGUGAAAGAAGAAAAGAAAAAAAAAAGAAAAACGGAAAAGAAGAGAACGAGAAACAACGGGAAGCCGAUUACUGUGAGAAAAAGGGAGAAAACGAGAGGUCGACAGCCCGUUUUUUCGUCGUCGUGAGAUUCUCUACUCCUCGUCGCCGUCGUUGUCGUCGUCGUCGUCGUUCUCGACGUCGCCUCCGCCGCCGUCGUCGUCUACGUGCUACGUCUACGUCGUCUACGCCGCCGUCUACGUCGUCGUCGUCGUUGUCGUCGUCGUCGUCGUCGUCGUCGUCGUCGUCGUCGUCAUCGUCGUCGUCGUCGUCGUCGUCGUCGUCGUCAUCAUCCUUCCUCGUUGUCACCGUGUGUGCCCGCUGGCCGCCAGUCGUCGUCGGUCGUGAACAGGCUCGACGCGACCAACGCGGAUCGUGCACGGUACACGGUACACGAAGUAGUUCGUCGAAAUCGUAGCUCGAAUCGAAAGGAAAACAAAUACGUACGGGGGACGAGGGAAAGAAGGAAAAGGAGGACACGAGAGGAAAACAUAGUGUGCGCGAGCAGUGAGACGUACCGCGCUUACGUUUCGUUCCACGUUCCCACCGUCCCUGUACAGUCGUGUAAUUCAUCGCGCGACGAGCAGAAGCGCAAAAUCCCGAGGCGCACCUUCCGAAAACGACGGGAGCACCGCGCACAUCGGGCUACCAGGGAAACAGAGAGAGAGAUAGGUGAACAACAGGGAGGAGGAGGAGGAGGAGGCGGAGGAGGAGGAGGAGGAGGAGAAGGAAGGAGCGCGAAGGUUAAAGAGGCGCGGAGUAAACGUAAUAAACGGAAGGUCUGGGAGAGGAUCAACGAGAGGUAGAAGCCGCGCGUGGUGAUAAGUCGCGUGAAAGUGCGUGUCGUGUCGUGCCGUGACAUCGGAAGCCGUUGACACGCGAAGGAUCGAGACGAGACGAGGUGUUUUUCCCAUUCGACGGGGCGAACGCAGGGAGAAGAUCGUUCGGGUGACCAAACGUGGUGACCGAAGGCGGAACAUCGAGGCGGCUAUCGGCCAGACCGGCUGCCAUUGCCACUGGUACUAGUGUUACCAUAGCCACUGCAACCCCGGACACGCGAGAGCGUUGUCAUAACGACAAGCCGUGCGCCGCGCGUCGCUAUGGAGGCCCAGAACCAGGAAAUCGUUGCGAGCGGUUCGCCAGCCGAGGUGCCGAACGAUCCAGGGAAAAUGUUCAUCGGUGGUCUAUCAUGGCAGACCAGUCCAGAGAGCCUAAGGGAGUACUUCACCAAGUAUGGGGACAUCACAGAAGUCAUGGUCAUGAAAGAUCCCACCACGCGACGAUCAAGGGGCUUCGGAUUCAUCACGUUCGCAGAUCCGGCGAGUGUGGACAAAGUGCUGGCGCAGGGUAAUCACGAGUUGGACGGCAAGAAAAUCGACCCGAAGGUGGCGUUUCCCAGGAGAACACAUCCAAAGGUAAGAAUCGAGCGCCCGAUUCUUCGUCGGCCGAUAGUCUUAUCGUUCGUCGAUUCGAUGGUGACAAGGACAAAGAAGAUAUUCGUCGGUGGGCUAUCGGCACCGACGACGCUGGAGGACGUGAAAAACUACUUCGAGCAGUUCGGCCCGGUAAGCACUUGUUUAUUUGUCUCGUUGAAGCCUUGCCUUGGAUACCCUGCCAUCGAGGACGCCAUGCUGAUGUUCGACAAACAGACCAACAGGCACAGAGGUUUUGGCUUCGUCACGUUUCAAAGUGAGGAUGUGGUCGACAAAGUCUGCGAGAUUCAUUUCCACGAAAUCAACAACAAAAUGGUCGAAUGCAAGAAAGCACAGCCGAAGGAAGUGAUGCUCCCGGCGAACCUGGCGAAGACGCGAGCGGCCAACAGAGGCGCAUACGAUUUUAUGUGGUCCCUGGGAGCAUUACCUGAUGGUUUCCCAGCGGCGGCGUACGCGGCAUACGCGGCAAGCCGCGGCUAUUCUGGGUACCCUAGUUUCGGACUGCCCUACCCGACAGGAGCGGUCGUGUACCGCGCAGUGGGGCCAAGGGUGGGCCGAGUGUCCGUGAGCCCCAGCGGGGGUUGCACUGGUAAGCUUCAACCCCAAAGUGCCAGGUUGUUCCACCAAGUUCUCGUGUUCUCGCUCGUGUUGACGGUAACCGUAAUCCGUAUGGAUCUUACCAACGGACAGCUCACCCCUAACAACAACACGCCCUUGCUCACGCAAGCUCUUUCUGUGAUGAACAACUACCAGGCGGCCGCAGCGCAGGCCGGAUUUCCGCCGGCGUCGCCGCACGCGGCCGGUGGACAUGGUGGGCCACAGGGCCGGUCAUUUCCUGCGGCCAACUCGCCGGGCCCCAUCGACAUGUAUAGUUCAAGCGCCGCAGCCGCAGCAGCAGCCGCAGCCGCGGACUCAGCAGUCGCCAGCUACGUCCAGGCCGCAGCUAGUCCGCAGCCCCCUACGACCGCGUUCCCUGCGAUCGCCGUGUCUCGUGCCCCGCUCAACUACAGUCCCGGUCCUCUAAUACCAGCGGCGUUCACUAAUGGCUACCAUUGAGCCUUGUUAAGACCUAAUAACAGGAUGGACGAGAGGGCAGAGCGCAGCACGGUCGACUGACGGUACAAUGAGCAGUGUAAAUGCCUUGGAAAAAUUCACCAUGAUGAAUGAUCUCUGGACGGAAGAGGACGCGUACCAUCACGAGCAAUAAAAACGAAGAAUCGCGAUUUAGGUAGAAGAAUAACGGUUUCCAACAAAAAAGGAGGCUUUCCGAUUUUGUAAACAUGAUCGAUCGAUUGCAACGAUCGAACGAAAAUAAUCGUGAUUUCCCGGCGGAGAAAAAAAAGGAAGAGAAUCAAAAUUGAAGAUAUUAGAAAAAAAAUCAAGUAAAAUAAGAAAUGUAAAAAAAAAAAUAAAAAAAAAAUAAUAAAAAAUAAAAAAUAAAUUAAAAAUCAUUGAAAAGAUAAAAAUGUGAAAAAAAAAAUAUAUAUAUAUAUAUAGAAUUUAUAAAUCGCGAUACACGUCCAGAAAGUUUGCGAGAGAAGCAACAUGGUAGAGGGAGCGGAUUAAUAUAAGGAAAACAUAAAGGGCAGAAACUGCGUAAUGGUAGAUGUGGCCGAAACUGCGUAAAAUAAUGCCCGUUCUCCGACAUUAAUAAAGAAUGAUAUAUUAAUAAUAAUGAAUUAAAUUAAUAUUAUUAAUUGCUAAAUAAUUAAGCGACUAAGUCUAGAAUAUAUAAAUAUUAUAUAUAUAAAUAUAUGAAUAUAUAUAAAUAUAUAUAUAUAUAUAUAUAAAUAAUUGAUAAAUAUUAGACGAUAACGUAUGGAUCCUUAGUAUUUAAGGCAGACGAUAAAGUCGCGGAAGAAUACCAACUUACAUACGAAAAUAUUAUUAUAAUUACUGGUUAUUAUUGUAUAACACUAUGGCGAUUCUAAUUGAUUAUAACAAAAUGGAGAAAGAAGGAUGGAAAGCUGUGCGUCGUGUAAGCUCGCGCGCGUAGCGGUGCGCGUUAUACAUAUAUAUAUAUAAAUAUAUAAAUAUAAAUAUAAAUAUAAAUACAAAAAUACAAAUAUAAAUAUAAAUAUAAAUACAAAUAUAAAUAUAAAUAUAAAUAAUAAAAAAAUAUAAUUAUUAUAUACAUAUACGCGUAACUCCGUUCGCACCCGGGAAGAGAACCCGUCGUCUCUCUGUUGGGCUUUCGAAUUUUUUUUAGACAAGUAGCGGCGGAAUGAAAAGAGAAAGAGAAAGAGAGAGAGAGAGAGAGAGAAAGAGAGAAAGAGAGAGAGAAAAAGAGAGAGAGAAAGAGAGAGAGAGAGAAGCAAAAAAAUAAAUAAAUAAACAAAUAAAAAUAAAAUAAAAUAAAAAAGAUGUACAAGAAAUUUUUCGAGAAGCGUGAGUCGACGACACGAGGAGGAGGAACACCCGACACGAAUGUUUGAAGGGUAGAGUCGGGCCGGAAGGGAGAUUUGGGAGACGAGACGACGAGGGCGCUAGGCAGGCCAAGAGUGGGCUUCGCCCUUUUCCUUUGUUUCUUGCGCGCGCGUGUCCGCCACUUCUCAGCGUGCUCUUUGCCGACUGAAUGCCGGAAUGGCACUUCUCUCUCGCGUCCCGUCGUUCAAGCACUUUUUCCCUUUUCCCGGGUGUGCAACGAGGGAGAAAAGAGGACGAAUAAAGCACGGAAAGAGCAAGGAGAGGGGGAGGUUGCGUACAUAGACGUAGGCACGCGUGUUACACGGAUGACGUGACGCUGUUUGCAUUGCUUAUCGUGCGAGGGAUGAAAGGAAAAAAAAAAGAAAAAAGAAAGAAAGAAAGAAAAAAAGAAGAGAAAGGGAAGAGAAAACGCGGGGGCCCUCGAGCCAAGAUCGACGGAUUGGAACUUGCGAGGCUCUAUGUAAGUUAUAGGAGCGAAGAGACAGAGAGAGAGGGGGAAAGAGAGAGAGAGAAAAGAAACAAUAGGAGAGAAAGACGAAAAAUGGAAAUGAAUACUGCUUUUGAGAUGCAGUAUCGAUGAGGGGAGAAGAGAUGGUCAUCGCGAAGAAUACUAUUCUACUAGAGAAGAAAGAAGUGAGAGAGAGAGAGUACAUUAAACAUACAUACAGGGUCGCGAGAUCUAUGUAAAAGGGACGCCUAGGCCUCCGAACGUUGCAUCGUUCAAAAUCUGUAUCCUAUCUAGUGGCGAAAACCGAUGACCGGUGAAUUUCACAGGCUAUUGUGUAGCUGUCCAAUCGAUUAGUUACAUUAACCUCGGCCCAUACAUACAUAUUACACGCGCGCGAAUUAUUGUACCAUUGAUUUACCAUAAUGGCAGCUAUGCAUGACCCUAUGGAUGAAAGCCAGCUAUGGAAACACGAGCAAUGUUCGACGGCACGCAUUUCACACACAAGCUCACUGUGAACAUACAUAAUAAUACCAUCCAUACACUCCCAAUCUGUACAUCCACUAUACACACAUACACACACACACACAUGAUCCGAAACACAAUAUUAAUAUACGCUUUCAUACGCGUCCGCGGCUUUUUAAACAAAUUAUAAAAACACACGCCUAUAUAAAAAAAAAUAAAUAAAUAUAUAUUAAUACAAAUACACGCAGCUACGCAACAACAGGAAGAACCAUACGCAACCAUCAAGUUACGCGAGGCAAGAUGCUGUUAAGAGGAGAACAAAUAUAUAUUAUGCAAACAUACGCGUGUAUUCAGUCAUUAUACCGUGCGUCCGUAUAUGUACAGAGCGUUAGUUAAAGGCGAGAUAUCGUGAGAUAUCGUGAAAAUGCGCCAGUGCGUGAGUAAAAGCGGAAAUUAAGAGUAACGCGUGCGAUAACGAUGAUAAUUUCGAGACGAAGCGAGAUUGUGCGUCUUCUAUAUAUACCCCUGUGUGCGAGAAAGAAUGAGAGAGAACGUGGUGAUACGUGUGUGCGAGCGAGAGAAAGAGAGAGUCGUUAAGUCUUUAAGGAUUGAGGAACACGGUCAUCUGAAAAUGCCAUUUGCGAAUUAAAACAAAGAAAAAGAAGAAAAAGAAGAAGAAGAAGAGGGGGGAAAAAAGAGAAAAGGAGAAAAUUGUAAAAUUUAUGCGAGCUAACGUGGCGUUGAACGUGAGAGAACAAUAAUCGCGUACGGUAGCCUUAAUCAGGGAAUAACUUUGACAUCAAAAGAUUCUUGCGUUUUUUCGCGCUUAAAAAAAAAAAAAAAAACAUUUCGCUGAUCAAAUGGACAAAGGGCGCGAACGGGGAUACUCCAUUCGAUUAUUCGUAAUUGGUCUAGGUUAAAAAUAUUAUGUAAUAUCAUACGGGAAACAGGGAGGUAUAAUUUUAUUCCUUUCGUUUUUCGGCGCACGUGUAUAUUUUGUAAAACCUAACUUAAACGAGAAAAGGGUUCAGAGGGCUUGAAGGGCAUCGCGACGCUCGGAUCUUCCUGCUUCUCAAGGGGAGAGAUUAAAGAGAAAGGGAAGAAGAAACAAAAAGAAUAAACCGUCGACGUGCAUAAACUCAUUCCGCGGAUUGUAUAACUCGAGUUUUUUUGUUGAUAUAUAUUGCUGAUAAAAACUGUUUUCGUAUUACGAUACUAUUAUUGCUAUUAUUAAAUUCGCCAAGCGAGAGUCAACGAGCGAUUAUUAUUAUAAUUAUAAUUAUUACGAAACGACGGAUAUACGUGCGACAAUUCUAGGUACGGUUAUUAUUGUAUUCAACAACAGGGUAAAAACAAAAAGAAAAUGAAAAAAAAAAGAAAGAAAAGAAGGAAGAAUCGAAAAAUAAGAAUGAUUUUAAAUUGUGGGACGCGUGUCACGUCGAACGGCGGCCAUUUUGUUUUCCUGUGCGCGGGUGUGCGUGCGCACGAUGAGAAAAAAAUUCAAACAAAGGAAAGAAAAAAGAAAAAAAAAGAAGAAGAAGAACGAAUAAAUAAAACGAGUCAAUUCUUACGAACGUUAGCAAUACUUCGUCAUGACCAUAAAGGAUAAAAAUGGCAAAUAAUGAACGAAAAAAAAAAAGAGAAACUAAUAAUAAUAAUAAUAAUAAUAAUAAUAAUAUACACGAGUAAACUAUAUCGCGGAUAAACUUAUAUUCAUUCUUAAGUUGGUGACGCGUACACGCGUGACGAGUGAUCCUCGCUCGUUCUCAAAGAAGAAGAAAAAAAGAAGGUGAUGAAGGACAAAAUUGUAGUAGAAAGAAACUGAAACGAACUGAAACGAACUGAAACGAAUUGCAAUCGCGUAUCUUCAACGCUGAAAAUGCUGAUUUCUUGCAAGCGAAACAAAAUGGUAGCUGCUUCGUUACGCCCCAAGAUUAAACGCGUGUAAAACGGAUAAAGUUAUACCGGAUCAAAUCGAUUGAGAUAUCCAAUAGCAAAUAAUUGUUUAAUUAGAAAAAUUAAAGUAAAAACGUGCAAUAUAAAAAAAUAUAGACAUACACGUUUCAAAAAUAAUUGGUAUUUUGUUGGAUAGAUUGUACAUUACAGGGCGAUGCUGCUUUCAAACGAGUGCAAGAAACGAGCGUUUCAUCGACGACGUACUAUUCCCAUUUUUUUAUUUUUCAAAUUUGGCAAGCUUUGCUUUUUAAAAUUGUAGGAAAUUAAGCGAAUUUUAUCAAUGAAACACGACAUAAUCGGAUGGAAAACACGAGAACAAAUGUGCACUCAAAUGGCCAAUUGUUUGACAAACAUUUUCUAUAUUUUCUUUAUUCUUUUGAUCGACAUUGGUUGAUGAUAGACAAAUAAACGAGCGUUAAAUAGACGCAUCAGGCGCUUCAUACAUUGCUAAGUAUUGUCAAUUGUUAGUUAGAGGGAGAAUUGGACGUCGAGCGGAGAAAAAGCGUAGCAAGAUAGAAAAAAAAAAAAUAAAAUACAUGAGAACAUAAGCAUCAGC